AUGGCCGACAGAGGAGGCUUCCAAUCUGGAUUCGGAGGACGCGGUGGUGGUCGCGGCGGAGCUCGCCCUACUGGAGAUCGUCCAGCUGGACGUGGAGGACGCGGAGGCCGCGGUGGACGUGGUGGACGCGGAGGAAGAGCCGGACGCGGAGGAGAGAAGGAGACCGAAUGGACUCCAGUCACCAAGCUCGGAAGACUCGUCAAGGAGAAGAAGAUCACUACACUCGAGGAGAUCUACCUCAACUCCCUCCCAAUCAAGGAGUUCGAAAUAAUCGAUGCUCUCUGCUCCAACCUUAAGGACGAAGUCCUCAAGAUUUCCCCAGUCCAGAAGCAGACCACUGCCGGACAACGUACCCGCUUCAAGGCUUUCGUUGCCAUCGGAGAUCACAACGGACACGUCGGACUCGGAGUCAAGUGCUCUAAGGAAGUCGCCACAGCCAUCCGUGGAGCUAUCGUUGCCGCCAAGCUCGCUGUUGUCCCAGUCCGUAGAGGAUACUGGGGUAACAAGAUCGGACUCCCACAUACCGUCCCUUGCAAGGUCACUGGAAAGUGCGCUUCCGUCAUGGUCAGACUUAUCCCAGCCCCACGUGGUACCGGAGUCGUUUCUGCCCCAGUUCCAAAGAAGCUCCUCCAUAUGGCUGGAAUCGAGGAUUGCUACACCGCCGCUAAAGGAUCUACCGCUACCCUUGGUAACUUCGCCAAGGCCACCUAUGCCGCUCUUCAGAGAACCUACUCCUACCUCACCCCAGACCUCUGGAAGGAGGAGGCCCUCGAGAAGUCGCCAUACCAACGUCACCACGAGUUCCUUGCUCGCAACUAA